AUGGGCUCCUGUGAUCCGGGGGCUUCCAGCCUGGGCAGCCCACCGUUAUCCACAGGCUGCUUCGUCCAGGUCUACACGCCAGCGGCUGUCAGCGGACCCGCUUCCCGGGGCGGCGGCCUCUGUGACACCCCCCAAGGCCCCGAACGCAGGACCCUCUGUUCGGCCUCGGUGGGACGGCUGCCGGCCAAGAGGAAGCUGGACCUGGAGGGUCUCGAAUUUCGCACGCCCAAGGGGAAGGGCUGGACACUGGCACAGGUCCCCAGCCCCAGGACCCCCAAAUCUCCCGGGGAGAAAACUCGCUACGACACCUCACUGGGGCUGCUCACCAAAAAAUUCAUCCGCUUGCUGAACGAGUCUCCCGAUGGUGUUGUGGAUCUGAACCGGGCUGCUGAGGUGCUGGAGGUCCAGAAACGUCGCAUCUACGACAUCACCAACGUACUGGAGGGCAUCCAGCUCAUCCGCAAGAAAUCCAAGAACCACAUCCAGUGGAUGGGGGCAGGGAUCUUUGAGGACGCAGCGAUGGUGGCGAAGCAACAAGUGCUGCAUGGGGAACUGGCUGAACUGGCUAGGACAGAGAGGAUGCUGGACAAGCUCAUGCAGGACUGUGCCCUGCAGAUCCAGCAGCUGGCUGACAAUGAGACCAACCAGAGGCUGGCAUACGUCACCUACCAGGACCUCCGUGCCAUCAGCAGCUUCCAGGAGCAGACAGUGAUUGCUGUGAAGGCUCCCCCUGAGACGCAGCUGGAGGUGCCAGACUUCAGCCAGGAGAACUUCCAGCUCCACCUGAAGAGCACCAAUGGCCCCAUCGAGGUGUACCUCUGCCCAGAGGAGAUCACAGAAGAAAGCCCCACCAAGGACCACCAUGUCCCCUCUGCUGCCACCUCCCCACAGGACCACCCCUUAUCCCUUUCCCUGCCAAACAGCUCCCCAUCAGCCACACAGUCACCCCACCCCAUCUCCCAGAGCUGGGGGGGCACAGGAACUGCUCUUCCACCCCCAACUUUGCCUCUCCCCAUCCAGGGGGAACCCAGCUCACUGCUGGAGAUGGAACCUGGGCUCCUGGGCUCCCCUGCCCAUCUUCUGCAGCAGACAGAGGACCAGCUGCCCUGCACCCCCUCCCACCUGGACUUGGGACCCUUUGUCACCUUCUCGCCCCCCCUGGAGCAGGAUGACUAUCUCUGGGGGCUUGAGGGCGAGGGAGUCACAGACCUGUUUGAGACAUAUGACUUGGGGGACCUGCUGAAGCACUGAGUGUCCCCCUAGUCCCCAUUGCCUUU